UGUCAGAUUUUAUUUAAAAGCAAACUCAGAAACAAUCGGAAGGAACUUUUUUGAAAACUAUUGGAAUUUUUGCCAUUUGCACUUUUAUUAUAAAUUAAAAGUUAUCAAUAAAACACUAACGUGACGACUGCACAACGCGCAUUCAACAGAAAACUGUGAUACGUAGUGAAAGGCACAUAAAGAAGCUACAGGAAGCUGUGUGGAAAUUGGAACAGCUAUUUGUGGACUAAUUGCUGGUAGUAGUAGCGGCAGACGCACUAACUGCAAGGCAUUCACAUCAACACAACAAACCAAACAGCAAAAGCCUGUUGGAGCCCAACCACUUGGCGCACAACUCAAUAAAUCAAGCGAAUUGUCGUGGAGAUCUUAGAACUUUCGUCAACACUGUGUAAUCACGUUAUGGACAAAAUGCCAGCCAAACAAUACGAAUCCAAACCAUGGUCAGACCUAGCUGACAGCGAUGACAGUGAUAUGGAGAAUGAAAUAGAUGUGGACAAACUACCACCAUUAGAAGUUGGGCCCAACGAGAAUCGGCUGCAGCAUACAUACUGCCUCUGGUUCUCACGCAAAGGGACACAUCGCGCCACGGACUACAGCAAAUCACUUCAUGUAGUCGGGCGUUGUGCCAGUGUACAACAAUGGUGGGCGCUGUAUUCGCAUCUAAUACGGCCCACAGCGUUGAAACCGUAUCGAGAAUUAAGCCUUUUUAAGCAGGGUAUCAAACCGAUGUGGGAGGAUCCAGCAAACACAAAAGGCGGCCAGUGGGUAAUACGUCUAAGGAAGAAUAAAAUUGAUCGUGCGUGGGAAAAUGUUUGUAUGGCAAUGUUGGGAGAACAGUUUCUGGUGGGAGACGAGAUCUGUGGGGUAGUACUGACAACAAAGUAUCCGGUAAGUACACAUAUUUUCAAUUGUUAAAGCAAUGCAAAAGGUCUCAGAUAUGCAGAAUGUUAAUGACGCGCACGAACAAGUGAUCGCAUUUCUGCUGAAAUUGCAAUGCAGUGAUAGUGUAAAGUGCAUACUUAAAAGAUGUAAUAAACAAAUAAAAAAUAAAGUGGAAAGUGAAUUUAUAAAUAACAGCAGUGUGUAGUGAUGCUGUAAUAAGACUCAGACCAAAGGAAUUUUAGAGGUUACGCAUUAGAUUUGCUUGCUGUUGAAGAAAACUAUUAAUUGAAAACUAUAAAUUUUAACAAAUAUUGCUUCCAAAGUUUUUAUUUUGGCUUUGCUACUUCAAAAAAUACAUAUAAACUUCUUUAAAAAUUGAAGGUGUACCCUGAACAGAAGUUGGGUUUUCAUUAGAAUGUUGAAAAUAAAACUUAUUUAGCGAAAGAUGUUUAUACUGUGAAUAUUUACGGUUGUAAA